AGGCGGGCCCAGCGGUUCCCUAGGUUACCUGCGUGAUUGACGUUCAGCCUCCUGCAGCGGAGCGCACAGCAGUGUAUCACUGAUGCUCCUGCUCCCCCCCGGACACUGUGGAGAAAUCUGGGAGAGAGGAAGAGACGGAGAGAAAAACACAAGCGCAGGAGGAAUGCUAAUUGUUUAAAGUCCUUCGCUGUCUUCCUCCCGCUCUCUUUACUGGAAAGAUGAAAGCUGGAGCGCUGGAAGAAGCCAGCUGAAGAAGGGGGAUUUGUUGGUAAGAGAAGCCCCUCACCACUUUUCUCUGGCUGUCUUGGCUGCACCAGUCACCUGUCCAAGCCAGCACUGUGAAUUAUGGGAUAGCAGGAAACCUACAUGAAGACGGCACAAGAAGAUUCAUCGAGAAGACCGCUACUGACUGCUUAACCGAACGACAAACCGACUCAAACAUGUUCAGCAAAGCUUGGUACCCAUAAGGCCUUGCAGGGGCCCAGUGGGUGGGGUUACAAGGAGGCAGAGAUGAACCUGACCAACCACAGGCCGUCACCUGGGGAUAUAAGCUCCACCCACCACUGAUCUUCAGGGUAACUGACAACUGGACCAACGCCUUAUACGUCGGCAUCUCAACUUUCAUUGGCCAACAGUACAGAUGGGAGGAGACGCUCCUGCUGAAUGUGUUUUCCCUGCAGCGGGGUUUACGGUAACGGAGAAGAAGAAGAAGGGCACCCGCUCCUCUCUCGCUCACGGAUCCGUUCACCCGGUGUGAUUUUCAUCACCGCACACUGACCUUUCUCUUACCCGGAGUGCCCGCAUCUUGGCAUUUUUUUUUUUUACAUGGAGGUGGAGCGAGGCAUCUUGCAACGAAGAGAUCUGACUGAAAACGUUGUGGAACCGACUUGGAUUUAAACCGUACCGAGCGAUCCUGACAUGUGCUCACCUCCUCCGUUUUCUGGCCCCGGGGUUACUAAAGAUGCUGCUGGUCGCGCGGGUACCUGUCCUGGUUUCACACCGGCUCGGUUCGCCCCGGUAGACUGAUCCAGUCCGGUGCUGCGGUGUCCACGGGGGCAACCAGAGUGAUUUAAGAAAAAAUCAAAUAAAAACGGAUCCGCCACCAGCAGCUUGCCAGAUGGAUAACUACUCUACUCUACAACUGCAGUGUCUGGAAAUGACCACUAAGCGGAAGCUGAUUGGCCGGCUGGUGCCGUGCCGUUGUUUCCGUGGUGAAGAGGAAGUGAUCUCAGUGUUGGAUUACUCCCACUGCAGCCUGCAGCAGGUCCCAAAGGAAAUCUUCAGCUUUGAGAGGACUCUGGAGGAGCUCUACCUCGACGCCAACCAGAUUGAGGAACUACCCAAGCAACUCUUCAACUGCCAGGCCUUGAAGAAGCUGAGCAUGCCUGAUAACGACUUGUCCAACCUGCCCACCACCAUCGCCAGCCUGGUUAACCUCAAAGAGCUAGACAUCAGUAAAAACGGUAUCCAGGAGUUUCCCGACAAUAUAAAAUGCUGUAAAGGCCUGUCUGUGGUGGAGGCCAGUGUUAACCCUAUCACCAAACUCCCAGAUGGUUUUACGCAGCUCCUGAAUCUGACCCAGCUCUUCUUAAACGAUGCCUUCUUGGAGUAUCUGCCGGCUAACUUUGGCAGACUCUCCAAACUACGGAUCCUGGAGCUCAGAGAGAACCACCUGAAGACCAUGCCAAAGUCCAUCCACAGACUGACACAGUUGGAGAGGUUGGAUCUGGGUAGCAAUGAAUUCUCUGAAAUGCCGGAGGUGUUGGAACAGAUCCACAACCUCAGAGAGCUGUGGCUGGAUAACAAUUCUCUACAGUGUAUACCAGGGGCGAUAGGAAAACUUCGUCAGUUGCGGUACUUUGACUUAGCUAAGAACCGCAUCGAGACGUUGGACACGGAAAUCUCAGGCUGCGAGUCCUUAGAAGACCUGCUGCUGUCCUCCAACAUGCUGCAGCACCUCCCUGACUCUAUAGGAAUGUUAAAGAAGCUGACAACAUUGAAGGUAGAUGACAACCAGCUGACCUCACUGCCUAACACCAUCGGGAGUGCGAAGCCCAAGCAAGGUCUGUCUCUAUUGGAGGAGUUUGACUGUAGUUGUAAUGAGUUGGAGUCGUUGCCUUCCACUAUCGGCUACCUGCACAACCUGAGGACCUUCGCUGCUGACGAGAACUUCCUCUCAGAGCUGCCGCGGGAGAUCGGUAACUGUAAGAAUGUGACGGUAAUGUCAAUGCGGUCAAACAAACUGGAGUUUCUCCCUGAUGAGAUCGGACAGAUGACCAAACUACGAGUUCUUAACCUCAGUGACAACAGGUUGAAGAAUCUACCGUUUACCUUUACUAAGCUGAAGGACCUGGCAGCUCUCUGGCUUUCUGACAAUCAGUCCAAGGCUCUGAUCCCACUGCAGACAGAAGCCCACCCUGAAACCAAACAGAAGGUUUUGACCAACUACAUGUUUCCUCAGCAACCGCGACAUGAUGAGGAUUACCAGUCGGACAGUGACAGCUUUAAUCCUACUCUGUGGGAGGAGCAGAGACAGCAGAGGAUGACUGUGGCCUUUGACUUUGAUGACAAGAAAGAAGAGGAAGACAACUCUGGGAAGGUCAAGGUGGAGAUAAACCUAAAACGCUACCCAACACCCUACCCCGAGGACCUUAAGAACAUGGUCAAGUCAGUGCAAAGCCUUGUGGGUAAAAGCGUACACCCCGGACACGGGCACCAGCACCAGCACCAACACCAGCACCAGCACCAGCACCAGCAUCAGCAUCCGCAUCAGCACCAGCACCAGCUGAGCACAGGCACUGCCACCUCGGCAGGAACCAACAUGGAACACACACACCUCAGCAAAGAACAGUACGAACCACCGUGGCCCCUGCCUCCGAAAGAGGUGACAGACAGAGAGAUGCAGGACUUCUCUCAGUCUCAGCUAAUGGAUCAGGGAUCAAUGCAUAACUCUGGCAUUGACAUUCCCAAGAGGAAGGACAAAGAGGACCUGACGGAGAGCUCAGAGGACUCGAUGGGCGGCUCUCCCAACGACAUCCGUAUUUCCGACAUGAGGCCCACCCUGGUGGAGCCGCCGAUGUACAAACCAAAGGUGGUUCUGCUGGGGAAGGACAAGAAAGAGUCUACAGAUGAAGAGGUGGAUAAGCUCCACUGUCUGAACCACAGCGGCUCCUCAGCCACUUACUCCGACUACUCUCCCUCACAGGGCUCCUCCGGCUCCUCCAACCCGCCCGGCAACGCUCACCCACACCCACACCAACACCCACACCAACACCAACACCAACACCAACACCCACACACACACACACACUCUCACGCACACCCACACGCACAUGCACCACAUCCACAUGCUCCCGCCCUUCCGGCCCUAAACAAGGACCAGGCCCCUCAAACACACUGGACCAACAGACUGGCUCAGUCUUUCCCCAAACCCAUUGACUCCAAGCCCCUGCUAUCUCAGAGAGAAACCCCUCCAUCAGGAACCCUGCAGCAGCGUGGCGAUCGACGCCCACUGAGCGAGCCUUUUGAUUGGUCUGAGGCUCCUCACUAUGACAACACAGGUUUUGAUCCCGAGGAGUCUCCUCUGGAUCCUCCGACCUCUACUGGGAGUCAGGGAAACCCGCCGCUGGGCUCCAAACCCCGCAGCCAGUCAACACAUGGGCGCCGCCCCCUCCUCAGGCAGGAGCGAAUUGUAGGAGUACCUCUGGAGCUUGACACUCAGACGCUCCCCUUCCACGGCAACCAACGCUCCACUCCGGACAAUGACCCACAGUCAGGACAUCCUUCCCAGAAUCCCUGGCAGAACUGGACCAGGACCCCCAGCCCGCUGGAGGACCGAACCGCUUUUCCCUCCAAACUGGACCUGACGCCUAGCUCUAGCCCCAACCCUGACCGCAAGGACCCAAGGCUGGAACAAGGCGCAGGGCCUUUGCCCGGCAGCUGGACGUACCACGAGAAUCAGGGGGAGCAGAACAGGAAGGAUCAGCUAAGUGUCAGCGGGGGCAAUAAGGUGACCGUGGUGAUGAGUAAAAGCUCGGACCGCCUGUCCCCCAUGAUGAGGGAGACGAGAUCCAAGUUUAAGAAGUCACAGAGCAUCGAUGAGAUCGACAUUGGCUCCUACAAGGUCUACAGUAUACCCGUGGACAGCUACAGUUCAUCCAUUGAGCAACAGACUAGUUUGGACCGUCAAGACAUGCCCGGUUCUAUGGAGCAGACCACCAUGUCACGGUCACAGUCUGCCCCCAUGUUAGACGAUGAGCUGAUCUUCCCAGGACACGGAGCCAGCAACCAGAACCAGUCGGGACAGAACCAAAAACCUGCCAUCCCGCACAAGGCCUACCACUUUGACCACAACUACAACCCCCAGGUGACCAUGGACCGACGGGUACCUCCCCCCUUCCCCAAUACACCCGAUUAUGUCAACCAGUCAUCGAAAGCCUUGGAGUACAUCAGUCAACCAGGGAAAACAUUACCCAAGGAGUUGGUGAGCCCUCGGUAUCGUGCAUAUCCACCGCUGGAGAUGUUUUCUUUCCCCCAAUCGCCAAUCAACCAAGAUGGUCCGCCCAGCCAACAUCAGCAGCCGAUCCCGGCACAGCGCUCUCGGCCAGGGUUUUUGAGGAGAGCAGAUUCAUUGGUGAGCUCUACAGAGCUCGCUUUGUUCCGCAGAGUCCAUGAAGCCCAGCAGGAGGCGCUGCAGGAAGCUCAGUACAGACAGCAGGCGGACCCCCCUCUUUAUGGUCGGGCUCUGGCCUACUCCACCCCCAUGGAGCACUCUGCUCUCACCAACAUGGCCGACAGCCAGAGCCAGAUGAUGCACAACAAGAGAAACGGCCGCUACGAUGACGACUAUCCCACCUACCAGGAACAGAAGAAGCCCAUGAUUGGUUAUCCGACCAAGAGCCUGACUCAGCGCCGCCCCCUGUCUGCCAGGAGCUACAGUACUGAGACUUAUGGAGCAUCCCAGGCGCGUCCAGUGUCAGCUCGUCCCACCAUGGCUGCCCUGCUGGAGAAAAUGCCCCCUGACUACACUCUGGCAACCUGCCCUGAGAAACCCUCUGAUGACACCAUCAAAGUAAGACCUGGCGUACCACUGAAGGCUGACGACAUCACCUCCAGGAUGCCUGCCGAUUGGAGGCAACAGCUACUUAGGCACAUAGAGGCCAAACGAUUGGACAGGAGUGGUGUCCUAAAGCACAACACGCUCACGCUGGGCAUGCUCUGUCAGGGCGGGGGUCAUGGCCAGGGUCGCAGCAGCACUUUGAACUUUAAUCUUUACAAUAACACUAAGCAUGAGCCCCCUGCUGGCCGCUGGCUGCCACUACCUCCUCCUCCGUCUGCUAAAGCUACCCCCUCUCAGCAGGCGGCCAUGCUGGAUAAUGACCAGGAGGGGCUGUCAGGGAGCAACCAGUGGGCUCCCUACUCACUUGGCAGGAGGGACGUCCCACCUGACAACCUCAUGAAAAAGAGUGGCCACUCGCACAACCCUUCGCACCAGUCACACAACACCAUGAUCGUCACUUCCUCUUCCUCCUCCUCCUCCACUACGCCUCACCGGGUAGUCGUACAGCAGGGCUACGACGGCAUGAUGAACAAAGGGGGCCAAUACCAACCGGGCAUGCCCUUGUCCGUGGUCCCCUCUGGGGGGCCUGGGCAGUACCAAGGCAACAUGUCUCAAGGCCAUCCUGCUCCUGGACAGGGUUACCCCGGCUCCGGCAUGCCCAUGGCCCUGUCCCCGUCUGGGAACCAGCCCCAGUACAACCCCCAUUCCUCCCACACGUCCCAUCAGCCCGCCACCAACCCCCAGUACCACGGCAACCAGGGCAUGGUCCAUAGCAACCAGGGCAUGGUCCAUAGCAACCAGGGCAUGGUCCAUAGCAACCAGGGCAUGGUCCAUAGCAACCAGGUUGUCAUGGCUCACACCAACCCACGGCCUCAGAGCGCUCGCUGCCUGCUGCAGACUAAAGGCCAGAAGAGCACAGAUGGUUUCCAGGAACAGUUGUGUGUGAGAAUAGAGAAGAACCCUGGUCUUGGUUUCAGUAUCUCUGGUGGCAUCAGCGGCCAGGGGAACCCCUUCAAACCCUCCGACAUGGGUAUCUUUGUUACUAGGGUACAGCAUGACGGGCCCGCCGCCUCUGCCCUGCAGCCCGGAGACAAGAUACUGCAGGCUAACGGACAUAGUUUUUUACACAUGGAGCACGAGACAGCCGUCUCUCUGCUGAAGAGUUUCCAGCGGACGGUGGACAUGUUUGUUCUGAGAGACAGCAGCACUUGCUAAAAAAUAGUUUUAUAACAAACAAACAAAAACAAAACACACCAACGCUUCUCUACUCUGCUCAUCGCCAUCCCAUGCCACCCCAGGCUUUUGGAACUGAAAUAUGAGCCGCCUUUUUUUACCUUUUUAGGGGAACACGCAGACAUUUAUUUGCCUAUUGCUGGACCAAAGGCAAAUACUAGUGCCAAAUGUACCAUAGGAAACAUAUCGGCUCUUCUGUCUCCCGGCGGUCAGGGACCUGAUCGACGUCUGGACAGACAACAAGAGGACUCCUUGAGUCCCUACAGGGCUGCUGCAGUUUGGAUUUUGUGGUUGUUAAUUCGGCAGUCAUCUGAUCAGUUUGAAGAGUGUUUUUUUUUGUAUUUCAGCUUUUCUCCACUGCCUUUUAUUUUGCUUUCCAUGUUAGAUAUUUAUUAGUUUGUUUUGGUGUAGCACAUGAUUCACAUUCCGUGUUCUUCAUUUGCAUUGUUCUCUUUUCUGUUGUCUUCUAUUCUGUUGUCUUCUUUUGACUUGUAUCUUCUGUUCUGUUCUUCUCUUUCUAUCGCUGUCUUGUGUUUUUAUUCUUUUCUGCUGUCUUCUGUUCUGCAGGUAUUUUUGCCUCCAGUGCACAGAAAGGAAAAACUUAAGACUUUCUGCCUUGUGUACAUAUAUAGAGCUGCAGCUUUCUGGAGCUGCACUCUCCUUGGGGCCUGGACAGACGGCUCUAAACGUUUAUGAUUAAUAUAAAUAUUGUUGAUAAACCACAUUCUGAAUUCUCUCUUACAAACAUACAGGGAUUAUUUCUCCAAAUGGACAAUUUUCUAUAAGUAUACCACUGAUUUUUUUUUUUUCCUGUAAAGAAAACACUGUUGAUAGUUCAUUACUGCUUCUUGUUUUAUUUGUGUUUUUUUUUUUUUUUAAACUGUUGCUUGCACAGGUGUACUGAUAAGAGCUAAAGCAAUACUACUGAUGCUCGGCCCAUUGAGAUUUUCAGCAGAGCCCAAUUUGUCCUACAGUGCCAUCUAUUGAGCAAAUCACGCUAAUGUUUACACACACUGCCAUGCACAUGAGCUAACAGGCAAACACACACACACACAUGUACACAGUAGACAUAUGUGGCCCCACACACAACACAUAUGCAAUGGUGCGCUCUGUCCAUAAUGAAGCCCUGUCUAUAUUCUAGCCUGAUUCUACAAUUCAACUGCUACAAUAAAACCAGUCGCACACACUCACACACUGUAACAUUACUCAUAAUAUCUGUGACAUAUUCUGAAGUUCUGUUUUCUAGUGUUGUUACAGCAAUGUUACAUCCUUUUUUCAGCUGUUUGAGUUGUAUGAUAAAGCCACAGCAUGCUUUCAUAUUGUUGGUCACUCUCAGCCAGCCAUUUUCCAUUGGCUUAUAGAGUUCUCUACUUUGUAGAAGAAUCAUGCUGUAUUAUACCACUGAGUUUCAGUGAGACUGAUGUUCUGUAGUUGGUGCCAUAUGGACCCUCUGCCCCUCC